AUGGCACUGUCCCUUGUGCACAUAGUGCGCCUCGCCCUGGUUGGCUUGGUGGCCUUCCUGCCAAUUGCUUCAGCCCGGCCUGCACCUCAAUUCCCUCGUGCACCACAGCAUCCCGACAAUGACCCAUUCUAUAAGCCUCCUGCUGGCUUCGAGUCGAAGGCACCUGGGACAAUCCUUGCGAACCGCGUUAUCACUGCCGCUUUCUUCGGCAUCAUUCCAAACGACGUGGAAGCCCAUCAGUUGCUUUACCGUACUGUGGCAAUCGAUGGCUCAGCUAUCUCAACAGUGACCACAAUCUUCAAGCCGAAGAACGCCAAGCUCGAUCGUUUCGUGUCCUUUGCCACGGCUUAUGAUAGCGCUGCGACGAAAUGUCAUCCUAGCUAUGGCUACCAGCAAGGGGCCCCACAGGACAGUCUGAUCGCUUCGGUUGAGAUGUUGAUCAUUGAGAUCUAUCUUGCUCUUGGCUAUGUUGUGGCCUCUCCCGACUAUGAAGGACCCGAUGCGGCCUUUGGUGCUGGCCGUCUGUCAGGUACGGGUGUAUUGGAUGGCGUCCGUGCCGUGCAGAACUUCGAGACCUUGGGUCUCAAAGAGAACCCCAUGGUUGUCGGCGUUGGAUAUUCAGGCGGUGCCAUUGCCACUGGCUGGGCAGCCUCCUUGCAGCCCAAAUACGCACCAGAGCUGAACAUCAAGGGCUGGGUGCAGGGUGGAACUCCCUCAAAUCUCACGGGCACAAUCUACCAGAUUGAUGACACCGUCUUCGCUGGAUUCCUCCCCACGGCUAUUGUCGGUCUGGCGAAGCCCAGUGCCUAUGGUGCUGAGCUGAACUCUAUCAUCACGGAGGUCGUAACCGCGGAGGGCCAAAAGGUGCUGGAAACCGUUGGUUCCGAAUGCGCUAUUGGAGCCUUGGCGGCUUUCCUGGGAAAAUCCAUCCUCGAUCCUAGUUUCCAAACCCUGGGCGAGGGCUUUGUUCACGAGCCGACCGUCAAGAAGGUUCUGCAGCAAACUGUCAUGGGCGUUGACAAGGACGAGACCCCAACAGCCCCAACUCUUGUGUACCAUGCCACCAAGGAUGAAAUUAUCCCCUACAAUGAUGCCAGUAAGAUGGCAAAGAGCUGGUGUGAUUCGGGCGCGGACGUCAGGUUCACUACCUAUGCCAGCGGGGGCCACGCGACCACUGAAAUUGUUGGCAUCCCCGAAGCCAUCAACUUCGUUCAGGAUGCAUUUGCUGGCAAGACGAAGCGUGGUUGCACCAAGAGCACUAAGCUUGGCACAGUUCUCAAUCCCCUUGCUCUUGGUGUCAAUCUUGAGCCUAUUCUCCUGAAGCUCAUUGAGGGACUUCUCCGUCUGGGCGAUGAGGACCAAAAUGUCAAGAACGACCCCAUUUCAGUACUUAAAACCAUACUUUAA